AUGGGCGCAAACCAGUCGCAACCUGACCAGGAGAAGGUCAUCUAUAAUGAUAACCCAAUUCACUUCUCCGAAGAGGUCGUGAACCAACUGGCGAACCAGAUGCAAAGCUCAAGCGUGCCUCCGGAACGUCAAGCAACUCUCGACGAGCAAGUACGGUCCCGUAUACAAUCCGAACUGACCCGUCUUCGCGAAGAAGAGGAAAACAUACGGCGGCAGAUAGAGCUCGCACUCGAGAAGGAGAAUCUUGACCGAGAACGGAACAUGGCUGGCGGUGAGAACGACGGGAGUGUGGAUGGCAGCGCGGGCAACGUCAAGAGCAGUGCGGCGUUGAUGGGUGACUUGAACGAACUUCAAUCCAAGGUUGACCGCUUCCAUGCGAAGCGAGACUUGACCGCAUAUCCUGCUGUAAAGGAGAGUGGGGACGCCGUGGUAUCAUGUUACCGUUCUAACCCCACUACACCGUUAAACUGCUGGAGGGAAGUAGCGCAGUUCAAGGCCUCGGUUGCCGAGGUCGAAAAGGCAUGUCCCGUCCGUCGCGCGAAGCUCACUCUCGCCUAA